AUGACUUCCGAGCUGCGCAAGUCUACAUCUCUUGGCGCCGAAGUCAUCUUGCCUGAAUACAUGACCCUUCUCAAUCCAAAGUCGCUAUCUGACGCUGAGAAAGAAGUGCUCCGAAAAGCCUUCUUCGACAACGGCAUUCUUGUGAUCCGCAACCAGGCCGGCAUCGAGCCGCAGGUCCUCUACGACAUUGCUGACCUGCUUGACCCCGACCAUCUGCCGUACCACUCCGGCGGCCAGAAACAGGUCACUGAUCUAAAGAACAUUCUGUCACAGAACAAUUGCUCAAGGAUUCCGCGAGCGCCUCAGGUCACUGUCAUAGGAUCGGGGCAUGUGCAAGACUACGAGGGCAUUGAAGAGCUGGACCUAAAGCACCUGGAUCAAUCGAGCUUUCACGAACACCCACUUUCGGAGCAAGAAGUUGCGAGCGGGCUUACCCGGCCGUACAGAUGGCACAUGGACGCCGCCCUGUACGAGAACCUUCCAGGAAUCGUGACAUCACUCCACGCCAUCGAGGUGCCAGAGGUACCAGCACAAAAACUGCAGUUCCCAGAUGGCGAAACCAUGGACGUUGCAGCAGGUGCAACACUUUGUGAGCACACUUCUCCCUCCAAGCUCAGCUACACAACUGACCAUACUAGUCUUCUCCGGCGCGCGAAACUUCGAGGUCCUUUCCCCAGAGGAGCAGGACUUCGCAUUGAACACUACAGUCCACUAUGCGCCGCGCGCCUACGAAAUGAUCCGCAACUGCAAAGCCUCAUCCGACGGCCUAACAAUCGAGAAUAUCGGCCGCGAGACCCCACUUUCAGAUCUACCGCCCUUCAAUCCAGACAAAGUCCAUUCAUUCCCGAUGGUGUGGAAGAACCCUGUAAAUGGGCGCCCACACCUGCAAAUUGCUGGAUGUUGCGUCUACGCCCUCACGACCAUCGACCCUUCCACCGGCAGUCAAACAGUAAUUUCAGAUCUCGCAGAGGUGCGAAGGAUAUGCCAUGGAUUGCAGAAGAAAGUGUAUAG